AUGGAAAACUUCUCAAAGGUAGAAAAAAUUGGUGAAGGGACUUAUGGAGUGGUAUAUAAAGCAAAAGAUAGGAUGACUGGAAAAGAAAUUGCCUUGAAGAAAAUAAAACUUGAGAAUGAACCAGAAGGGGUGCCAUCAACAGCUCUACGUGAAAUUUCUGUGCUACGUGAUUUGAAUCAUCCGUCGGUUGUGCGCCUCCUUGAUGUAUUGCUUGCUGACACCAAACUCUUCCUUGUAUUUGAAUUCUUACACAUGGAUCUCAAACGUCUCAUGGAUCUCACAAAAGGGCCUCUGCCCCUUGACCUUGUUAAGAGCUACCUGCGGCAGCUGCUGGAGGGCAUCGCGUACUGCCACGGGCGGCGCGUGCUGCACCGCGACCUCAAGCCGCAGAACCUGCUGGUGGACGCGGAGGGUCGCAUCAAACUGGCCGAUUUCGGGCUGGCGCGCGCCUUCGGCAUCCCCGUGCGCGCCUACACGCACGAGGUGGUUACGCUGUGGUACCGCGCGCCCGAGAUCCUGCUCGGCGCCAAGUUCUACUCCACCGCUGUCGACGUCUGGAGUCUCGCCUGCAUCUACGCCGAGAUGGCGAGCGGGCGCACGCUGUUCCCGGGCGACAGCGAGAUCGACCAGCUGUUCCGCGUGUUCCGCGCGCUGGGCACGCCGGGCGGCGAGCUGUGGGCGGGCGCGCGCCGCCUGCCCGACUUCCGCGCCGCCUUCCCGCGCUGGCCGCCGCGCGCCGCGCGCCUGCUGCUGCCCGAGCCGCUGCAGGCGCAGCCGCACGCCGCCGCGCUGUUCGAGGCCAUGCUGCGCUACGAGCCGGCCGAGCGCGUGUCGGCGCGCGCCGCGCUGCUCCACCCCUACCUGGCCGACGCGCGCCGCACGCCGCCGCCGCUGCCCCUGCGCGCCGCACACGCACAAGCCUCCCCGCCCCACCCCGCACACUCGCCCGCCCCCGCGCCCGCCACGUAG